AUGGAGUAUAAGCGACAAAACAGUCAGACUACGGCGCAGAUCAAGCCGCGUAUUAUCAUCCACGGCGGCGCCGGUAACAUCACGCCUGAGAAGCUAGGGACGCAAGGGUAUAGACAAUACCGGAACGCGCUUUUAACCAUUGUCUCGAGGACGGACUUGUACAUGCGCACCCCAUUGCCGCCAAAAGAGAACGAGGACCCUUACUCUUCCGCAGCCAAAUUUCCAUCAGCGCUCGACAUUGCAACAUACGCUGUGACGCUACUCGAGGAUAACCCACUCUUUAACUCGGGUCACGGUGCAGUUUUUACACGUGAUGGCAUCAACGAAAUGGAUUCCUCGGUAAUGGUAUCGAGGGGCUUUGCUAAGCGUGGCGUUGGCUUGACGGGAAUGCGCAGAGUCAAGAAUCCCAUUUUGUUGGCCAAGGCAAUGUUGGAACAUGGUGACCAGGAUCUGGCGAAUCUGGCAAGAAGGGCCGAAUUUAACUCCGACGACUUGGAGACAGCAGAUCUCGACAUCCCCUCGGCGCAAGGCCAUACGCUUCUUUAUGGGCCGACAGCCGAGCAGUUAGCUGAGAAGUAUGGGCUGGAAUUGGUGGAUCCGAAAUAUUUCUUCACUCAGAAGAGAUGGGAUGAACAUAUACGGGCUUUGGAAAACGAGAAGGCAGGAAAAGGCCUAGCAACCUGGAGUGCCGAUGAGUAUCUACCGCAAGGUACAGUUGGUGCGGUAGCACUCGAUAGCGACGGGGUCGUAUGUGCGGCAACUAGCACGGGAGGAAUGACGAACAAGCUAACAGGGCGUGUCGGCGAUACACCCGUUGUCGGUGCCGGCUUCUGGGCCGAGGAAUGGGUCGAAAAGAGUAAUCCGAGCCGCCCCAACUCGGGACCAGUUGUAGAUGCGUGGCAGGGCUUGAGGAUGCGACUCGGGCUACCGGGGCCGGUCGUAGAGUUGUCCUCCAGUUUGCGUAGUAUCCUUGCUGACUGUCUCCCAAACCCAUUCACGUAUUCCCCGGCUGCGCAAUCGACAUAUGCCGUCGGUAGCAGUAUCGUGAACCAGAGUGUGCGCACAACAAGAUCUAUUGCUGUGUCGGGUACCGGUAAUGGUGACUCAUUUCUCCGAGUGGCUGCUGCUAGGACAGUUGGUUCGAUAGCUCGAUGGGGUGGAUUGCCCGCUGCAGAUGCCUUGCGUCACGUCGCCGGAGACGGCGGGGAUCUGGCAGAGAGUGCUGGGGACCGUUGGGGGAAGACGGGAGAAGGAGAAGGCGGUAUGAUCGGUAUAGAGAGCAUCGUCUCCCGCGAUGAAUCCGGUCGUGUGGUCGGCGGCCACGCCAAUAUUUUACAAGAUCAUAAUUGCGCUGGUAUGUUUAGGGCCUGGAUUGAUGACGACGGAUAUGCCGUCGUACGAGUAUUCCACCCAGAGACCGAACGAGAGCGCUUACGCCAGAUGAGGAUGCUCGAAGACGAGGAUAGAGUUGAGAAUGUCUGGCGUUGGUGUGCUGCCAAAGCAUAA